AUGCAGAAAAACAAACCAUCACGUAAGAAAGGGCAACCAGCUCCUUCUGAUGUUAAGCUGCCUAAACUACCAAAAAUUCAAAUGCCGGAAGAUUUCAAAAUCAGGACUCGACCUUUAUUUUCACUUCCAAUGGAAAUUUUAAAAUUACCCCCGCCACCGAGGAAGUCUAUGAAGUCACAGGCUCCUACUGCAGGUCCAAGGAGGAGAUCCAGCGUGAUGCAGAGCUUCACAGCAAUGAGGAAAGCCAGAGAAGAUUUCAGAGCGAAAUUAAUGAAUCUUAUAUGUCAAUCGGCUCCUGGUGAAGAUAGUGAUGCAAUUCCGUCUGGCGAGGAAAAGAAUAUGCUACGAUAUUACUAUUACUUGCGAUACGGCAUAGAUACAAUACACGUCGCACCUUUGGAUAAUAAAAUGAUUUUGCGUGUUCACAAUUUAAUAUCGAUAAAAUUGAAAAAAUGGAGAGAAUGUUUACUGACUGCUACGGAUGAGAUGCGCGAAGAUUUCAUGAUGAGCAUGAAAAAGGCUAUCGUCGAUUUUGUAUUAAAGGACCCUAAUACGGAAGAGUCUCUAGAAGAUGAGGAUACACCUCUGAAAAAGGAGUUGGCUAUGAAAGACGAUGCCUGGAGAAACCGCUACGCAGUCGCUAGGAGAUAUUUGAAUAGAAACCUUCAUAGUGUCAACCCCUGUAUUGCUCAAGUGUUGCAGAUUUGGUGGAAACAAUAUAAUGACCUCCGGUUGAUCAGCAUGAAGGACAUAAUGAUGACAAACGAAGCGUAUGAGCUGCAGGAUUUCUGCUUCGUGUGCAAGCGACACAUCGAGGCGGCGGGCAACGUGCUGUCCCUGCAAUGGCUGCCUACUUUACAGGCGGUCUUCUUACAGGGUAGUAAGAAGAAACAGAUACCGGAUCCAAAACAAGUUUCCAAAAUGAAAAAGUUUUAUAACUGUUUAUCCUGCAUCAUGACAUACAAUCUUCAGACCUUGUGCCUUAAAUCCAUGAAGGACUUUACCGAGUACAUCUUAGAUGUUGGGGGAAUGAACCAAGGGUUCGUUAUAAACUUGGCAUUCAAAGACGACGCGAUAGGAUUUGAACCAACUUUCAAGCAAUUUCGAGAUCAGCUUUGCCUUUUAUACGACUUUAUUAUUGACGCAUGCCGACAAUCGCCGCGUUUGGAAACUCUGUUGUACCAGGAUUAUGUUAUUACAAAUAGAGCUACUCUCAGGCCAAUUAUUGACAAUGAUAUUGUGGAAGACUACAAGACGAAAGUAGCGGAUUUGAUUAAUGAACAGAGAAUUGGACCAGAACUCCGCGUGCAAGAUUUCGAUAGCUUCGUCUGUUUACUCAACGGAGAGUCUCAAGGUCAAGUUGAAAGUUUCAUAAGCUCUUGCCCCGAGAAAACGUUUGAAGAAUACUGCAAAGAAGCUGUAAAAUACGUCACUGUGGCGAAGGAAAUUCCUUCCAAGCUGGAGGGGACCAUAGUGAUCGGAAUGUUCCGGAUGCAGCGAGGAGAUCUGAUCAACACCUUGCGCGGGGCGGCCACGCGGCUCGCUAACACCUUGCUGAGGAGGAUGACUGAAGAUUAUCAGAACAUCAUUAAAGCAAUUUAUGAUGAGUACGCUUCGAUUGCGAAUACUUUACUGACACCGCCGCAAGAUACAGCAGCUCUUAUGGAACUGAUUGAAUACAACAAAAAGGUAGAAGAGAAGCUGAUGGAAGAAAUGGAGGACAAACUACGGAACGUGAUGCGAUAUAUUGUGUUCCUGAGUGAUUACACCGCAUUCACUCCUCUAGAAAUGAAAGCGAAUAAUCAGUCCUUCCAUUGGUAUGGACGUAUGCCAGGCGUUGUGGAAGAGUGCAAAGUAAUUUGUGACCAAAAGAAAAUCGAGUAUCAAGACUUGCUACAAGUCCGUAUUGGCAAAUUUAUCGAAGACUUGGACAUUUACGAGACACAAAGCGAAGAGCUCAAAUAUUGGGGUGACAUUAAUGAACUUCCGAAAUACGUUACACGUGCUCGCCGCUUGGAUGAAAAAUUAUCCCAGGCUUUAACUAAAAUUGAUCAAUUUAACGAAGAAGAAACAUCUUUUCGCUGGGAAUUAUCGCAAUAUCCGAAAAGGAAAGCUAUAUAUGAUAGACUUGUACCGUUCAAAAAAUUGUUUGAUGCAGGAUAUGAUUUUCUAGACAAACAUAAUACAUGGAUGACUUCGAAGGUAGGAAGCUUCGAUCCUGAAGAUAUAGAAGGUGAUGUUAGUUACUUUUACAAAACGGUAUAUAAACUAGAAAAAUCAUUCCAAGAAGUACCUGCAACAUUCCAAUUGGCCCAAGCAGUAAGAACAAAAAUGGAAGACUUUAAGACACAUAUGCCAAUCAUUCAAACUCUGGGUAAUCCUGGUAUGAAACCGAGACACUGGGAGAAAGUGUCAGACAUUGUCGGAUUUCCGAUCCUUGUGGAUGAUGAAUUGUCUUUAGCAAAAGUCAUUGAUUUUAACCUUGUCGAUUAUAUCGAAAAGUUUGAAAGCAUAUCGGAGGCGGCGACAAAAGAAAACAAUCUUGAAAAAGCUCUCGAUAAGAUGAUCAAAGAAUGGGCUGAACUUAAAUUUGAAAUUUUACCAUACAAAGAUACCGGUACCUACAUUUUGUCCAGCGUUGAUGAAAUACAGCUAUUAUUAGAUGAUCAUAUAAUUAAAACACAAACGAUGAAGAAUUCACCUUAUAUUAAACCAUUUGAAGAGAUUAUCAUUGAUUGGGAAUCAAAACUGAUAUUACUUCAGGAAAUUUUAGAUGAAUGGUUGAAAGUUCAAGCCACGUGGAUGUAUUUGGAGCCUAUCUUCUCGUCUCCAGAUAUUCAGCAACAAAUACCUGAAGAAGGACGCAGAUUUAGUGCUGUUGAUAAGAUGUGGCGUGAAAUAAUGAAAGCUGGAUACACAGAACCGAGGGUAUUAGACGUAAUUACGAUAGAUAAGAUGCUGGACCGUCUGCGAAAAUCGAAUAAUCUGUUAGAGAUGGUUCAGCGAGGUCUUAACGCUUACCUGGAGAAGAAGCGUCUAUACUUUCCACGUUUCUUCUUUCUAUCCAAUGACGAACUUCUGGAAAUCCUUUCUGAAACAAAAGAUCCAAUGCGUGUACAACCUCACCUCAAGAAGUGCUUCGAAGGUAUCGCAAAGCUUAACUUUACCGAAGACAUGGUGGUCACGCAUAUGAAAUCUUCUGAAGGAGAAGUCGUUGCACUGACGAUGACUAUAAAUACAGCAGCUGCUAGGGGCCAGGUGGAAAAGUGGUUGUUAGAACUCGAGAAAUCAAUGAAAGCGUCUGUACAUCACGUCGUGGCACUUUCAUACGACAAUUACUUGGAGUGUCCUCGAGAACGAUGGGUGCUCAUCUGGCCAGGACAAGCUGUGCAAUGUAUAGCAAUGACAUUUUGGACCUCUGAAGUGACAGAUGCGAUUCACAUAAGCGUGAAGGCUAUGAGAGCUUACUGGGACAAAUGUAACUAUCAGAUAUCAAAAAUUGUUGAUUUAGUACGCGGUGCACUGAGUUUACAAAACCGGAUUACUCUUGGCGCGUUAGUAGUACUUGAUGUGCAUGCCAGAGACGUGCUUAUGGAGUUAAUUGACUAUAAUGUGCAACUUGACAAUGACUUUAACUGGUUGUCGCAGAUUAGAUACUAUUGGGAGUUACAAGAGGAAGACAAUAGCAUGCAAAUAGCAACGCGCAUGAUAAAUUCGCAACUUAUGUAUGGCUAUGAGUACCUUGGCAACACUGGCCGGCUGGUGGUCACACCACUGACUGAUCGAUGUUUUAGAACUCUCUUCGGAGCAUUGCAUUUGAAUUUGGGUGGAGCCCCUGAAGGCCCAGCUGGCACAGGAAAGACUGAGACUACAAAAGAUUUGGCUAAAGCGGUCGCAAAGCAGUGUGUUGUCUUCAAUUGUUCCGAUGGUCUGGAUUACCUUGCUCUCGGCAAAUUUUUCAAGGGUUUGGCUUCGUGUGGUGCAUGGUCAUGCUUUGACGAAUUCAAUAGAAUUGAUCUGGAGGUGCUGUCCGUAGUGGCGCAGCAGAUUUUGUCUAUUCAGCGCGGCAUCAAUUCUGGAGCAACGGAACUUCUAUUUGAAGGAACUUUGCUUAAUUUGGACAAAUCUUGUGCUGUUUUCAUCACUAUGAAUCCUGGUUACGCUGGACGAUCGGAAUUACCAGAUAAUUUGAAGGCGCUUUUCCGAUCUGUGGCUAUGAUGGUUCCGGACUAUGUGCUGAUAUCGGAAAUCGAACUUUACGCGUUCGGAUAUCUGAACGCUAAACCGCUGGCUGUUAAGAUUGUCGCCACUUACAAACUUUGCUCCGAGCAGCUGUCUUCUCAGAGUCAUUACGAUUAUGGUAUGCGUGCUGUGAAAUCGGUACUCCGCGCUGCCGGUGCGCUAAAACUACGAUAUCCCGACGAAGUGGAAGACGUUAUUCUGUUGCGUUCCAUCAAAGACGUCAAUCUUCCCAAGUUCUUAGAGCAUGACGUGCCACUAUUUAUGGGUAUCAUAGGAGAUCUAUUUCCUGGACUACCUUUGCCGGAAGCAGGCCUGCCACAUUUAGUAGCAUGUUUAAAGGAAGCAUGCGGACCUCUUAACUUACAAGCUAAUGAUUUCUUCAUAGAAAAGGUUCUUCAAUUAUACGAAAUGAUUCUUGUAAGACACGGCUUGAUGUUGGUAGGAUUUCCAUUCUCAGGCAAAACUAAAUGUUACCAUGCGCUUGGUGCUGCUUUGGGAUUGGUUGCUGAAAAGGGUUUGAUGGAAGAGAAUGCGGUAGAAUGGACUGUCAUAAAUCCGAAAUCCAUAACAAUGGGUCAGCUGUAUGGACAAUUUGAUCCAGUUUCUCACGAGUGGUCCGAUGGUAUUCUCGCUGUUAGCUACAGAGCGUUUGCAGUUUCAACCAAUGAUAACAGAAAGUGGUUGAUCUUCGAUGGUCCAGUGGAUGCAAUUUGGAUAGAGAAUUUGAAUACUGUACUGGAUGAUAACAAGAAACUUUGCCUCAUGAGCGGCGAGAUUAUUCAGCUUGCGCCCACAACCAAUCUUGUGUUCGAGCCUAUGGAUCUUGAAGCUGCUUCGCCUGCAACUGUGUCACGUUGCGGUAUGAUAUAUAUGGAGCCAAAGGGUCUGGGUUGGAAAUGUUUGAUGGAAUCAUGGCUCAACACCCUUCCAUCGACGCUGCACGGCUUCAAUCGCAAUUACAUUCGUAAUCUCUUCUGUCGCUUCAUGUCGCCAUUGCUUUGGCUUGUAGAACUUUCGGGUAAAGUAAAGCAAAUGUAUGUGACGUCAAGAAGUAAUUUGGUGAAUGCUUGUAUGAUGCUAUUUGAUACGUUCAUGGAUGAUUAUUACGAAGAAAAAUAUAUUGAAAGCUUAUCAGACUUAGACAUUAGAGCUCAACUUGAGGGAGUAUUUUUCUUCUCAACUAUUUGGUCUAUUGGGGCAACUUUGGAAAGCGAUGGCCGUCACUUGUUUGAUAUGUUAUUUAGAGGAUUACUAGAAAAGGAAUUUCCAGUCAAGGUCUCAGAAACGUUGGGCUACCCCAAGGAAAUUGCUAAGCCCGAAAAAGCGUAUAUAUUCACGUUACCAAAAGAAGGAACAGUUUAUGAUUAUCGUUUCAUAAAAGAGGGCAAAGGCAAAUGGAAGCCUUGGCAAGACGACGUGGUAUCUGCGCCUCCAAUCAGUCGCGAUACACCUCCUAAUCAGAUUCUUGUGACAACAUUGGACAGUGUGAGAUACUUGGCCCUGUUCAAAUUACUAGUCACCCACCAUAAGGCUGUGAUGAUGGUUGGACCCACCGGCACUGGAAAAUCGUCGUAUAUUAUUGAUUAUCUAGUUAAAAGAGUCGAUACAAAAGUAUAUAAAGCUUUAAUAAUGGCAUUCUCUGCGCAAACGAAUUGCAAUCAAACGCAAGACAUCAUUAUGGGUAAAUUGGAUAAAAGACGAAAAGGAGUCUUUGGUCCUCCGAUCGGUUGUUAUUGCGUGGUGUUCGUGGACGACGUGAGCAUGCCGCAAGCCGAGACGUACGGCGCGCAGCCUCCCAUCGAAGUGUUACGGCAGGGCAUCGACCUGGGGCUGUGGUACGAUCGCAAAACUAAUGUGCCGAUGCAUCUCAUUGAUGUUCAGUUUAUGUGCGCUAUGGGUAAACCGACGCCGGGCGCAAAGCUAAUAACGCCGAGGUUUUCGCGACAUUUCUCAUUCUUCUGCAUCGACGAGUUCGACGAUGAAACAUUAAAGGUUAUCUUCGGAAGAAUCAUGUUAUGGCAUUUAGAUACGAGGGGCUUUUCCAAGGAUUUCGACCCAUGCAUAGAAGAAUUAGUUUUUGCUACUCUGGAAGUGUAUAAACAGUGUAGAUUGAAUUUGUUACCUACGCCGUCUAAAUCUCAUUACACUUUUAACUUGCGAGAUUUCUCUAAAGUUAUAUUGGGAGUGUUAAUGUCAGUGCCAGAAGUGACGCCAGACCUCCAAUCUAUAAAGCGGCUAUGGGUCCACGAGUGCCUCCGUGUAUUCUCUGAUCGUUUGACAGAAGACGCCGAUCGCCAUUGGCUGGUGCAGUGCUUGAGAGAGGCGACUCAUCUCCAUCUCAAUGAUGAGUUCGAGAAACUACUCGCACGACUGCUUGAAGAGCCUAAUGAUAAAAUAACGGACCGACAUCUACGCAAUCUAAUUUACUGUGACUUUGCCAAUCCCAAAGUGGACACACGAUUUUAUAUGGAGACUACGAAUAUGGAACACUUGAACUCUACCGUAGAUUCUUAUCUCGUAGAAUUCAAUAAUAUGUCUAAGAAACCGAUGAAUCUCGUCCUUUUCAGAUUCGCAAUAGAGCACGUGUCGCGGAUCUGUCGCGUGCUCACCCAGCCGAGCUCGCACGCCCUGCUGGUAGGGCUGGGCGGCUCGGGCCGGCAGUCGCUCACUCGUCUCGCCGCGCACAUCAACGAAUACGAUCUUUUCCAGGUUGAAAUGAGUCGCACUUAUGGUAAGACUGAGUGGCGUGAAGAUUUAAAAACUUUAUUGCGAAAAUCCAGUACACCCGACUUGCAUAUGGUCUUCCUGUUUAUUGAAUCUCAAAUAAAAGAAGAAGGUUUCUUGGAAGAUGUAAACAACAUGUUGAACUCCGGUGAAGUUCCGAAUAUUUUUGUUGCUGACGAAAAGGCAGAGCUUUGUGAAAAGAUGCGAGUAAUCGAUCGUCAACGCGACAAAUCUCUUCAAACAGACGGCACGCCCACAGCUCUAUACGCGUACUUCGUGUCCAUAGUGCGCGACCAGUUACACAUAGUGCUGGCAAUGUCGCCUGCUGGUACUUCUCUGCGUACGCGCAUACGAAAGUUUCCCUCCCUUGUUAACUGCUGCACUAUCGACUGGUUUCAGGAAUGGCCACCAGAUGCCUUGCUGGCUGUUGCAACACGUUUCCUUAAAGAUGUCGAACUAACUGAACUCGAACGAGAGACAGCUAUCAAGCUGUGCCAAAUGUUCCACACCGACACGCAAGAAUUGACAAGACAAUUUCUGUUACGACUCAAAAGAUAUAAUUAUGUAACACCUACGGCUUAUCUGGAGCUUAUUAAUAUGUUUAAAUCAUUACUGAGCAAAAAGAGAACGGAGCUGAUAACAAGUGAAAAACGUUACAUUACCGGAUUAGACCAGCUUGCAAUAGCAGCUAAAUCAGUUGCAGCGUUGCAAGAAGCAUUAGAAGUGUUACAACCUAAAUUAGCUGCAGGAGCUGCCGCUGUUGCCGAGACUACCGCUAAAGUAGAAAAAGAGAAAGAAGGAGUUGCUCUUGUUGAAGCAGAAGUGCUCGUAGAUCAAGCCGCAGCUGAAGAACAAGCAAAAGAAGCCCAAGGUAUAAAAGACGAGUGCGAUGCAGACCUCGCAGAAGCUAUGCCUAUCCUCAACUCUGCGUUGGCUGCACUCGAUACUUUGACGCCUCAGGACAUUACUUUUAUCAAAACAAUGAAGAGUCCUCCUCGAGGCAUCAAACUUGUUAUGGAAGCUAUCUGCAUAUUAAAGGAAAUGAAACCUGACAAAAUUCCAAAUCCUUCUGGAGUGGGCACCGUAGAGGAUUACUGGGGUCCAUCGAAGAAAUUGCUGAACGAUAUAAAGUUUUUGGAAUCGUUGCAAAACUACGACAAGGAUAAUAUUCCGCCAGCUGUUAUGAAAAAGCUCAUGACUACUGUAAUGCAGGAUGACGGUUUUGUCCCAGAAAAGAUCAGAGCCGUGUCAGUUGCUGCUGAAGGUAUGUGUAAAUGGGUGAUUGCUAUGACGAAGUACGAUAAAGUUGCAAAAGUGGUGGCACCGAAAAAGCAGAGAUUGGCGGCCGCACAAGCUGUCUAUGAUAAGGCUAUGGCUGCACUAGCUGUAAAACAAGCGCAAUUGAGAGAGGUGCAAUUGAAAUUAGGAAAACUUGAAGAUGCGUUGUCUGAGCAAAAUCGUCAGCAGAAAAUGUUAGACGAUGAGGUUAUGGAUUGCAGUAACAAACUAAAGAGAGCUGAAAUGCUGAUUUCUGGACUAGGAGGAGAAAAGCAUAGAUGGACGCAGAUUGCAAAAACAUUAAGGGAAACUUACAAUACUCUUACUGGAGACAUAUUAAUAGCUGCUGGGAUCAUUGCCUAUUUGGGACCCUUUACAGCAGCAUUUAGAAAUGAACAAGUAAAGAAAUGGGCCCACGCAUGCCAUGAUUGUGGAAUAGUAUGCACUCUAAACUUCAGCUUGAUAAAAUCUUUGGGAGAACCUGUUACCAUUCAACAGUGGAACAUCGACGGCUUACCUGCUGACGAUUUUAGUGUAGAGAGUGCCAUUAUCAUAAUGACUGCGCGCCGAUGGCCUUUGAUGAUAGAUCCACAAGGUCAAGCCAAUCGGUGGAUUAAAAACAUGGAGAAACCUAACAAUUUAGGUGUGGUACGGAUGUCACAGGCUGAUCUAGGACGCGUUUUAGAAAACGCUGUGCAGUUUGGACAACCGGUUUUGCUUGAAAACGUACUUGAAGAGCUGGAUCCAAUGUUGGAGCCAUUGCUACAACAACAAACCUUCAGACAAGGUGGUGCGUUAUGUAUUAAGAUUGGAGACACCAUUGUUGAGUAUAGCAAAGAUUUCAAGUUAUAUAUAAGCACAAAGCUGGCAAACCCACAUUAUCUGCCCGAAGUCGGCGUUCGAGUAACGUUAGUAAACUUUAUGUUGGCCAAAGACGGCUUGCAAGCACAGUUGCUGGCACGAGUGGUGGCUCGCGAACGGCCAGAUUUGCAACAAGCUAAAUCAGAUUUAACCACCCAAGGAGCUGAACACCGUCGUCUUUUACAAGAAAUUGAGAAGAAAAUUCUUAAUGUUUUGUCCACGUCGGAACAUUUGCUGGAAGACGAAGAAGCUGUACAGAUUCUUAAUUCUGCCAAAGAUAUGUCUAACGAAAUCAAAGAGAAGCAAGAAGUAGCAAUGGUUACCGAAAAGGCAAUUGAUGUAGCUCGAGAUGAUUACGUUCCAAUCGCCGUACAUUCAACCAAUUUAUUUUUCCUCAUAGCAUCUCUGGCAAAUAUUGACCCAAUGUACCAAUACUCGCUGGGCUGGUUCGAGGGCCUCUUCACAGGGUCUAUUGACAACACGGAGAAAGUGGAGGAAAUAGUGGAAAGGCUCGCUAUUUUACGUGCGCAUUUCACGUACUCGCUUUACGCAAACAUUUGCAGGAGUCUGUUUGAGAAGGAUAAACUAGUAUUCUCACUGCUUCUCACGAUUACCAUUAUGGUCGCUGAAGAUAGGCUCGAGCAGUCUGACGUGAUGUUCUUGCUAUCAGGCGCCCAGCCGCGCCAUGUUAUACCGAAUCCGGUCACGUUUCUUAGCUCACAGGCUUGGUCCGAAUUCAACGGGCUUAACGAAAUCGAGAAAUUUCAUGGUAUCCUAGAUCAUUUUACAAAAAAUAUACCUCAAUGGGAAGCAUACUGCGACACGCUUGAUCCCCACAACCAGCCUUUGCCCGAGCCGUGGGAUAAGAAAUUCAGCAUGUUUGAGAAAAUGAUGGUCCUACGUUGUAUGCGCCUAGACAUGAUGGUCCCGGCUGUUCAAAAUUUCGUCGAAUCGCAAAUGGGGCGUCCGUUUGUGGAGCCGCCGUUGUUUGAUUUAGGUUCAUCGUAUUCGGAAUCACACUGCUGUAUACCGCUGUUGUUUGUUCUCACUCCGGGCUCGGAUCCCAUGGGGACUCUUCUCAAAUUUGCUGAUGAUCAGGGUUUUGGAUCGUCACGCUUAUUCUCAUUAUCACUUGGUCAAGGACAAGGCCCUAUAGCCGUCAAAUUGAUAGAUGAAGGCAUUAGAAGUGGCACAUGGGUUGUGUUGCAGAACUGUCAUUUAGCAAAAAGUUGGAUGCCGAUGCUGGAAAAGAUUUGCGAGAGUCUCACACCUGACUCUACACAUCCUGACUUUAGGUUGUGGUUAACUUCUUACCCGGCGGACCAUUUCCCAGUUUAUGUUUUACAAAACGGAGUUAAAAUGACAAACGAGCCUCCUCAGGGUCUAAGAGCGAACAUAGCACGCUCUUACCAAAGCGACCCCAUAAACGACAUGGAGUGGUUCGAAGGCAACAAGCAGUCUGAGAUAUUCAAGAAGCUGCUCUUCUCUCUGUGCUUCUUCCACGCCGUAGUCCAGGAGCGGCGGCAGUUCGGUCCGCUCGGGUGGAACAUUCGGUACGAGUUCAACGAGACCGACCUGCGGAUCAGUGUGACGCAGCUUUACAUGUUCCUUAAUGAAUACGAAGACGUACAAUUUGUGGCCCUCCGCUAUCUGACCGGCGAGUGCAACUACGGAGGUCGAGUCACCGACGACUGGGACCGUCGCUGCCUCAACACCAUACUCUAUAAGUUCUACAACCCUCGCGCCAUUGAUGAGGACAAGUAUCCACUCGACCCUACUGGCACGUACUAUGUUCCAAAUCUACGCGAGCACGCGGAUUUCAUUCUAUUUUCACGGUCUCUCCCCGUGGCGACCCCGCCCAGCGUGUUCGGUUUUCACCCCAACGCUGACAUCACCAAGCAUUUCAGAGAAGCUGAAGAACUUCUGAACACUGCAGUUCUUACUCAGGAUCGCACGGAUCGUCUCAAACAAUAUUUGGACACAAUGGCGACUGGAGGUACAGGCGCGACUCCAGAACAACAGGCCAUGGCCAUCGCUGAAGAUGUCCUGGCGCGGCUUCCUGCCAAGAUCCUCCGAGGACCGUCCCACGAAGGGGAUAUCAAGCCAGCCGACAUGACGCCCAUGUCGAUAGUGGUCAUACAGGAGGCCGCGAGAUACGAACGACUUGUCAGCGUGGUGCGCACGAGCUCUAGGGCUGUCAUUGGCGCUGUCCAGGGCGUAAGUGUUCUCACGGAUGUAACGGAGGAAGUGUUGACGAGUAUGGUCCGCGGACGCAUCCCUGCGCUGUGGGCGGGCAAGAGUUACCCGUCGCUGAAGCCUCUGGCCGCCUACAUCAACGAUCUGCUGGCAAGACUCGAGUUUCUGCAGCAUUGGCAUCAGAACGGGCCACCUGUGGUGUUCUGGCUGUCGGGCUUCUACUUCCCGCAGGCGUUCCUCACCGCGGCGCAGCAGAGCUACGCGCGCAAGUACAAGAUACCCAUCGACCAGCUCGCCUUCCACUACGAGGUGCAGCGGACGUUUACGCUGGAGACGCCACCGGACGAGGGCGUGUACAUCUACGGCUUGUUCAUGGAGGGCGCGCGCUGGAACAUGUCUGCUUACGUCGUCGACGAGUCCCUCCCCAAAGUGCUCUACGACGACUUCCCACCGGUAUGGCUGAUACCGCUGAAGCGCGAGGACAUCCCCACGGACGUGUUCUACAACUGUCCGCUGUACAAGACGGGCGACCGGCGCGGCGUGCUCUCCACCACGGGCCACUCCACCAACUACAUCCUGUUCAUGCGCCUGCCCACCGCGCAGCCCCCCGACCACUGGAUCAUGCGGGGCGUAGCCCUACUGACGCAGCUGCCCUUCUGAGUUGAUGAUACAUGAUUUCAUCGCAGCUUCCUUUCCUUGCGAACAAAGGACGACUCAACAAAUGGCUUCCUCGCUACCAGGUACCUAACGUUAACGUAGUAGCUUUGAGUUGUUCAUAUUAUUAUUAUUUAUUAAGUUAUAUUAUCAUUAAAUUAUGUCACUUUUAAAGUUAAUUAAUUUUAUCGAUCGAAAGAACGAAAUAAUAACGCACUGAAAUCGUGUUUGCUUUGUUCUUUAAAUUAUUUUUAUUUAUAACGUUAAUAGUUUUAAGUUUUUUAA